CUUCAUUUGUCAACAUUCAGAAAUCAGCUGUUACAAACGUGGUUCUGGCAGAGAAUUAAAGGAGUAAAAUUAUUGUAGAAUUGCAAGAUCCAUUGUUUAAUGUUAUUCUUGGGGCAAUCAUCAUGGGGAAGAAUAAACAAGCGCAACGAACAAAAAACAAUGCAAGACCAUCAAAUAGUGGCCGCAGUGCAGAAUUUCUGGGUACUGCAUUGCCAAAUUUUGUUGGUUUCUCAGCUGUGAAAGAUGGUGGAUAUGUACCUAUAUUACCAGGUUUAUCUCUCUGUAGUAUAAAUGAGAUAGAAAUGAGCAAUGUUGAUAGCAAUUUUCAACUAGUGUUGAGAAAAAUGAAUAAAAAAGAUGCAACAACUAAGUACAAAGCCUUGCAAGAAUUUGUUGUCCUGUGUAGAGAUUUAGAAUUAUCAGCUGUUGAAGGAAUGUUACCAUUUUGGCCACGGAUAUAUUGUACCUUAUCUAUAGAUAUAGAACAUAGAGUAAGAGAAGCUACACAAUUGGCACAUGCAGCUGUUGUGAAACGUGUAGGCAAGAGCAUAGCAUUGUAUUUGAAACAACUUGCAGGAGCUUGGUUCAUUUCACAACAUGAUACAUACCCCCCUGCUGCAUCAGCUGCUACUAAUUCAUUCAAUGACACAUUUUCGCCAAAAAAAGUUAUUAAUGCUAUUGUGCAUUGCCAGUGUGAAAUUUUAACAUAUAUCUGUGAUAGCAUUACUGUUCAUACACCACAGUCUUUGUCUCUGCAAAAGAGUCUCACUGCAGAAGAAAUGGAAGCAAAGUACCAAAGGUUGUUAAUAGCAAGUGUAAAAGCUUAUAGUUUUUAUUUAAAGACAAUUCCUGUUCAGGAGAUUGAAAAAAUGAUCGAUAUUCAUCAAAAAAUUAUAAACAAUAACAAAUUUUGGAAGUUAGAGAAGUAUGAUGCUUUAUCUGUUAAAACAGCAUUUUUCAAUGUGUUAACAUCACUGAUUGAGAAUACUGCUAUACUGAUACAAGAAGAAAAAAAGAGAACUGUAACAACUAUUAUGAAUAAUCUUGAUGAAACAGAACCUGCACUCUUGUCUGCUAUAUGGGAAUGUGUGCUUGUAACUAUAAAUAAAAUACAGGAUUGGUAUUGUGUAGUGAGCAUUGAAAAACUAGUAUUGCCAAAAUUAUGGCGUGUUUUACGAAGUGGUGGACAAUGUUGUGCUAGUAUUGUUUACCCAAAUUUGUUACCAUUUAUCAGUCAGUUUCCAAAACUAAAUGUUGAUGCUUAUAAUUUGUACAUAAACUUUUUUGAUAAUAUGCGACAAGGAUUUUCCGUAAAAAACGUACAAAUGGGCCGUUCAGAAAUGUUUGCAAUAGCAACGUCAUUUGUUGAAUGUUUACGCUAUUCUAUUCUUCUAAAUGUUAAUAAUCAAGAUUUAUGCAGUGCACUUCUCAAAAAACAGCUUAUGCCAUGCCUAGAAAUAUGUUUAAAGGAAAAUACUCCUAUGAAACAAAUACUUUUUUGCGAAAUUACACAAUUAGUGCGGUAUUGGAGUAAAAAUCGAUAUAACAAAGAUUACAAAUCAUAUUCCUACUUAAUACAAGAAUUUUGGCGUGAACUCAAUGCGCUGUUCCAUUCAAUCAUAGACGCAUCCAACAAUUUUGAAUCAGAUACAAGUAAUUCUCAAAUUGAGUUCUUGAUUACAUUGAAAACAGCACCUGUACACGGCCGUAAAAAUUUAAAGGUGAAAUUUUCUAAUUCAGAAGGGGAUAUAAAAGUUAAGUCUCAAACUCAAGAUACAAAAAUUGAUAAGGAUACUGAAUUCCUUGCUGAGCUGAAUAAAUUUGUUCAUUCCCUUUGCAUAAAAUAUUUCAAUGAAAUCACAGAACAUCGCACUAAAAAGUAUAUCACAUGCUUAAAUAAACUUAUAACGUGCUUUGAAAGUGAAGAACUUACAAACCUAUCAGAGUCUUCGGAAAUAAAAAUAAACUUCUUUAAUUUCUAUGAUCAAAUUUUACGAAAUUGGUUACUGGAACAAUCGAUAGGAACAGAAGAUAUAGUAGAAUUAAUAUUCAAUAUCAUUAAGUACAUGAAUGAUGCUGAGAAAAAUGAUGUUUUAAAGUCACUUACACAGUUUGAAAAUAUUGUGACAAUAAGAAGCAUUCUAUAUUGUGCUCUAUCAAAGAAACAUAGAAAUGAUCCAGUAGUAAAGAAAUGGUGUUCACAAUCUAGGAUGACUAGUUUAUUGUUAGAUGUAGUAAAAGAAAUUGCUUCAGGCGAUUAUUCUGAAUUAGAGAAAAAUCAGAGUCUUAUUUUAUUAGCCUUUGAGCCUUCUGACGAUGGCAAUUUAUUAAUAAAAGAAGAGGCAAUCAAUGAAAUUGUAUCUAUACUUUGUAAUUCAAUUCGUGAAGUGGAUGAAACGUGUUUGUUACAUUUUGCAAAAUUAAUUUCUUGUAUUGUUCCAUUGACAUGGACUCAUGAACAGUUGAAAUUAGGAGCUGUACAUGUUUUAGAAACGCUCUUUGAAUUAUGUUCUCAAGACUGUUUUAGUAACAAUUCCACUUUUAUUGAAAUAAUGCAUGAUGUAUGGAAAAAGGGACUCCUGCAAGCUACACAAAAACUAGCUCAACCAGCACUGAUGGAGUUGACUAAAAAGUUUGCAGCCAUUAUAUGGAAGAAGAUAUAUAACUCAAGCGAAGAGCAUACCAAAGAAAUAUUGGUGGGCAUAGCAGCUGAUUUUCUUGAAGUUAUAAUCAAUAACCAGGUCUAUAUAAAUGAAGAUUAUGAACAAGAAAUUAUUUUAACAUUUUUAACAGAUGUGAAUAUAAAUGCAUGGAUGGCUGAUGUAACUGGAAUAAUUAUGUAUGGCGAAGUAAUAAGUGGUAAAUUAUAUGUAUCCACUCUUGAUCAGAGGAUACAGAUUUAUCAAAAUUCCAUGUCCAUUGAUUUAAUUAGUACUACAGUAAUAGAUAAUACCGAGAAUUGUUUAAAAUGGGCAUUAUUUAAUGCAAAUUUAUUAAAUAAUCUGUGCUUAAGAUUAAAAAACAGAGACGAGGAGGAAGAUGAAGGAAAGGAAACGAAUAUUGAAAAAUCAUUGAUACACAAUAUGAAUUUACCAGGAGUUACAAAUCUUUUAAUAAAUAUUAUAUAUACAAUUAUUUUAGGACGAAUUUAUACAAAUUAUUACAAAUCUACUAAACAUUACAGCAACGUAAUUAAUAUUUUAACAACUGUUGAAACUAGUUUUAAACAAAUACAGAUGUAUAUUAAUGAAGACAUUUAUACUGAAAUUGUGAAUCACAUAAAUAUGAAUUAUUCAAACUAUGGCAGUAUGUUACCAUACAUAAUACACUUUUGUUGCACUGAAUUAUCUAUAAAGAAGAAAUCAGAAGAACUACUUAAAAUUUACAGCAAUAUUAAUUUAUCUACUGAAAAUAAUGAUAUGUAUCUUCAAGGACAACAGAUUCUGUCAAAACUUCAAAGUUCGGAAGACACUUCAAUAGCAACAGAUGAUGUUCAUGUAAUGAUAGCAGCAAGAAAUGUGCUUAUUAAUCAACAAACCAAUUUGAAUUAUUCUAAAAUUUUAGAAAAAUUAAUAUCGUAUGAGAAGGAAAACCCUAUGCUAUUACUUCUUGAUUGUGAUAUCUCACAGAUUCCGUGGGAAAAACUAACUUUACCUUUGGAAGUUAUAAGAUUUCUAACGGAACUUAUAACGCAAAUUCCAUCGAAUUUAACAUUCGAACACUGGAAUUUUAUUUCGAUAUCUUUGGCUCUGUGGCAAUUGACCAUUGCGAAAUCAGAACAGAACGCUAAUGACUUCAAAGUAUCUACACUGACAGUAGCCGUUUGUCAGCUUUACCAUGCGUUCCAGAAUUUAAUUAAGCAAUACGAACAAGGACAGAUAACAGACUUACCGAAAAUGUUGUUAGAGGAAUGGAACAAUUUUUUCGUUGGUGUUAUACAAAGCGGAAUUAUUAAAUCCUGGAUGUUUUACGCAAAUUCUUAUAAUGAAAAAACAACAGGAUUGAAACCUGUCGUAGUGUUGGAUCAUCUAGGAAAAGCAGUGAAAAUAUCAGACGGAAAUAUACUCUUCGAAAAUCAAUCAAACGUGUCUCCCGAAGUACCCGUUGAUUUGAACCAAACUGUACAAUUGUCGCUAAAAUUAUUUCAGUCUCCCGUAGUUAGUAUACAAUUGGGCGCAUAUCAUUUGUUAAAACACGCAGUACCGGUGCUUGUGAAACAAGACAAAGCAACCGUGGAGUUAGAAAACUUUGAUGCGAAUAAUUUGAACAUUAAAAAAGUGGAAGACGUAUUGCAAAGUACGCAGAACAUCGUGAACGCUAUUUUGAUGGAUUUCAAAUUAUGUGAUACAGUUAGUUGCACUAUCCAACCAUACACGGAUUCCUACACGUACACCGUGGGGUAUUUAUUAUCCUGGGCUAUCGUCUUAGACAUGUGUGCGAAUGCUCAUGGAGAUCUGCUCUAUCAGUAUGCCGAAAUACUCAAAGAUAAUUUCUUCCCGAGUUUAUUAAAUAACAUAUUCCGUUUAAUGCCGGUAGAGGUACUCCAAGAUAAUAAGAAUAAAGGUGCAAAAUUAACGGAGAUAUUUUCUACAGAACCAUCUCUCGAUUUUAGAGAAAGUUGGACGGAAUGGAGAUUGGAUCAUAUAGUGUGCUGGUUAUACACAAAUAGUUUAAGGCAUUUGCCAGUGUUGGUAAGGCAAUGGUGGAGCACCAGCGACAGUAGAGUCAGUGCUGCAGUAGACAAGAUCACAACGCAUUAUAUUAGCCCUAUGCUUUGCCAAGAGGAGCUUUCAAAUAACAAGUUACAUAUUAGUGAAAAUAUGCAAGUAAAGGUUCAUCCAACGUUCCGUGAAGUUGUAGCCUUGUAUCAGAUGGCUGACACGAAAUUGGAGCUCACUAUCACCUUGUCAACUAAUCAUCCUUUGGGACCAGUUACGGUCGAACCUGGACAACAUACAGGUGGAACUGCAAAUUGGCGGAAUUGUCACAUGCAGUUGUCCAUAUUUCUUACGCAUCAAAAUGGAUCUGUAUGGGAUGGUCUUGCAUUGUGGAAAAAGAAUUUAGAUAAGAAAUUCGCCGGUGUCGAAGAGUGUUACAUAUGUUUCAGUAUUUUUCAUAUGAGUUCAUACCAAAUACCGAAAUUAUCGUGCAAUGGAUGCCGGAAGAAGUUUCACACAGCUUGUCUGUAUAAGUGGUUCAGUACAAGCCAGAAAUCCACCUGCCCCAUAUGCAGGAACGUAUUCUAAUUAUCUUGUAUUAUUUACGAACAAAAUUCUUAGCUUUAAGUAAACUGAUACAUAUAAGUUGUGUAUACCUAAUCAAUGUAUAUUACGUAAAUUAAUAAUAAAUUUGAGUUUAUAAUAACAUGUUAU